UUUUUCGUUCGCUUUACGCUUCAUAUUAUAUUGUUUGCACCUGGCAGGACCUCUUCGAAAGCCUUAUCCGUCUCAUUUCGCCAUUCCAUCGCGGACCCUCGUCUGACAUCUCCGACUGCAAAACACGAGUGUAGAGAGAGUCGUGUUGCAGCGCAGCAUGUACUCCAACCCUCAUGCUGCAAUGCCUCCGCCUCAGUCGAGAUCGGUCGCGCCCGAGACCUUCUUAUUAGAUCAGGAUGCUCAGCAAAGCCUGCCGCCCGACAGCAUCGUCGCCCUCCAGCAGGUCGACAACCUAAAAUACUUCCUCAUCUCUGCACCUGUCGACUGGCAGCCGGACCAGUACAUCCGCAGGUUCCUCUUGCCCACCGGCGAGUAUGUUUCGUGCGUGCUAUGGAACAACCUCUUCCACAUCUCGGGCACAGAUAUCGUGCGAUGUCUGUCCUUCCGAUUUCAGGCCUUCGGCCGGCCCGUCAAGAACUCGAAAAAGUUCGAAGAGGGCAUCUUCUCCGAUCUGCGCAACCUCAAGUCGGGCACCGAUGCAUCGCUUGAGGAGCCCAAGAGCGCAUUCCUCGACUUCCUCUACAAGAACAACUGCAUUCGAACACAGAAGAAGCAGAAGGUCUUCUACUGGUACAGCGUGCCGCACGACCGACUCUUCCUCGAUGCAUUGGAGCGCGACCUCAAGCGCGAGAAGAUGGGCCAAGAGGCCACCACCGUAGCCGUCAGCGAGCCCGCUCUCUCAUUUGAGUUCGACUCGUCGCAGUCGCUGUUUGAGCAGCUCACCAAGGCUCAGCAGACGAAUUCGUCGUCAUUCAACAACAAUGUGCAGACCUAUUCGCAGUCGACCUCGCCCGUGAUGCGCGCCAUGGACACAAUGCCCCCGCCUACGAUGGCUCCGCAAGGCAUGCCACCGACGGUUCACGAGGAGGCACUGGGCCCCAUGGCGCAAUACAACCAGAUGUCGAUGGCUCCCGCAAUGCAGAGCACACUCGUCAAGAGCAGAGAACGCGACUACGGCCAGCAAGUGCAAUAUGACCGCAACGGCAUCCCGCUUUCGCAGGUGCACCAACGCCACAGCUCAAUGCCAGCAUACAUGGAAUACUCGCCUGCUCCGUCGUUCGUCUCGUCGCACUACGAGGACUACAGCACCCGUGGCAUGUCCUUUGAGCCUCUGACCCCGCCUCAGCACCAGAUCAGCCUAGGCGCCGAGCCGGCCUACAUCGCCAACGAGGACACCGGCCUCUACAGCGCCAUUCCAGAGCUCGGUGUCUCCACAACGUUCAAUCCUCUGAUGAACAUCCCUCCGUCAAACCUGAUGGGCCCCGGCUUUUCAAGUGUGACGCGGCCAUUCCCGCCAGGAAAUGUCUACUCUGUUAUUGAGGGAUCUCCCACAUACAAGCAGCGGAGAAGGCGGUCUUCGAUAUCUACGGGUGUAAGCGCUGCGGUGACGGCAACUGGUGCCCCUCACCAGGUCCACCGACCAAGCGAUCUGCGGCGGUCAAUGUCGAGCUCCAUUGUGCCUGUCCCCGAAGGCGAGGAGCCGCAGGCGCAGUCAAAUCACAACUCGCCUAACAGCGUCACUGGCGGCAGCCUGAACCAGCCGUUGGCGGACGCAAAGCCAGCGGUCGAUAUUUCGCGACAUGGAACACCGCUCCACACCAUUGAGGACAGCCCGCCACAACAGCAGGCCAUGUUGCCGCAGGACGACCUCAGCAGCCUCGUGAACGGGGAUGUGUUUGAGAAUCCCCUGCAGCACAGCGCAGUGGCCCGCACUGCAGCCGCUCCCGGCGUCUUCAGACGGGCCCGCAGCGCCACAAUGAUGGAGAUCGGCCCGUACCCACAGAAGUCCCAUUCGUGCCCCAUUCCUACAUGCGGCAGGCUGUUCAAGAGGCUAGAACACCUCAAGAGGCACGUGCGCACCCACACCCAGGAGCGACCAUAUGUUUGCCCUCUGUGCAACAAGGCCUUCUCGCGCUCCGAUAAUCUUGCCCAGCACCGUCGCACCCAUGAGCCCCGCCAAGACGGCGAGCCGCUCGACUUCAACGAGGACGACCUGGAGGGCGAGGACGAGCACCUGCACUCGCUCGAGGAGGAGUCGCCGGAAUCGGGCAACGACUACCUCUCCGGCCUUCCUCACCUUCCAACGUCCAUCUCCGACAUUCCAGGUCCGCUGUCGAUGGGUACCAGCAUGGCGCCACAGCAGCACCUCAUCGCUGCGAACAACUACUAAGUCUUCUAUCGGCGUCGUCAUCGUCGCCGCUUCCAAAAUGCGCACAGUCCGUCAUAUAGAGUGA